AUGGUGAGUCUGGGUCACGGGCCUGCACGGCUGCUCCCAGGCUGGGUGGCCUGGGAGCCCUUGAGGUCCUGGUGCUCCAAGCUGGAGACAGAGCAGCUGACAGGAUUAAAACGAGGAAUUUCACAAGACUGGGUUCCUUCCCCCAAAUUAGACAGAUACAGAAUAGCAAGACAGUUAACCGAAAAAGCCAUCAAGGAGAAAAAGAUAUUUUCCAUCUACGGACACUACCCAGUGGUCCGGGCUGCUCUGCGCAGGAAGGGCUGGGUGGAGAAGAAGUUCCACUGUGUGCCCAAGGGCACUCUGCACAUGGAGGACGACAGUGAAGGGGUAACGGACAGCAUAGGUGCUGAGCCCAAAGAGAACCCAGACUUGACUUUGGAGAAGAUGGACGACAUCCAUGAUGUGAUGUCCAGGUUGGUAAAGCAUGAAACCCCAUACUUCCUCUGGACCAUCAAGAGGGACAUGGUAGAUUACCACAACCUGAACUUCGACCAGAUGCUGAACCACUAUGGGAAGACAGCCUCAUUCACCACCAAGAUCGGGCUUUGUGUGAACAUGCGGACCCUCCCGUGGUAUGUCCAGGCGAACCCUGACUGCUUCUUCCCGCGCUGCUACAGCCUGUGCACUGAGAGUGAAAAGCAGGAGUUCCUGGAUGACUUCCGGCGCACUGCGGCUUCCAGCAUCCUCAAGUGGGUGGUCAGUCACCAGAACCAUAAGGCCAAGUCCAAGAGUAGGCGGGAGGAGGCCAGCGACAGUGACCCCAGCCACAGGAAAGAUGCCGAGGACACUGACUCCAAGGUGCUCACGGGCCUUUCAGGGAAGCUCAUUGACAUCGCGUGCAAGGUGUGCCAGACCUACCUGGAGCAGGUGGGGCAUGGAGACAUAGACAUUGCUGAGGACGCCAUGGAGGACCUCACCGAGGACGAGUGGAAUGACCUGACCCGGAAGUACUACGCCCUUGUGCAUGGCGACGCAUUCAUCUCCAAUUCCAGGAGCUACUUACCUCAGUGCCAGGCGCUGCUGAACAAGAUCACAUCCAUCAACCCUCAGACGGAGAUCGACGGGGUCAGGAACAUCUGGAUUAUCAAGCCGGCUGCGAAAUCGCGGGGCCGAGACAUCGUGUGCAUGGACCGGGUGGAGGAGAUCCUGGAGCUAGUGGCCACAGACCACCUUUCUACCAGGGACAACAAGUGGGUGGCCCAGAAGUACAUCGAGACGCCACUGCUCAUCUACGACACCAAGUUCGACAUCCGUCAGUGGUUCCUGGUCACCGACUGGAACCCCCUGACCAUCUGGUUCUACAAGGAGAGCUACCUGCGCUUCUCCACACAGCGCUUCUCCCUGGACAACCUGGACAGCGCCGUCCAUCUGUGCAACAACUCCAUCCAGAAGCACCUAGUGAAUGCCAAGGACCGUAGCCCUCUGCUGCCACGCCACAACAUGUGGACGAGCAGCCGGUUCCAGGAGUACCUGCAGCGCCGGGGCCGUGGCAACGUGUGGGGCAGCGUCAUCUACCCAGCCAUGAAGAGGGCCAUCACCAACACCAUGAAGGUGGCCCAGGACCACGUGGAGGCCCGCAAGAACAGCUUUGAGCUCUACGGUGCCGACUUCAUCCUUGGCAGGGACUUCAGGCCCUGGCUCAUUGAGAUCAACUCCAGCCCCACCAUGCACCCAUCCACGCCUGUCACUGCCCAGCUCUGUGCCCAGGUGCAGGAGGACACCAUCAAGGUGGUGGUGGACCGCAAGCUGGACCACAGCUGUGACAUUGGCAACUUUGAGCUGCUCUGGAAACAGCCGGUCAUCGAGCUGCCGCCAUUCAGCGGGUCGGACCUCUGCGUGGAAGGCGUCAGCGUCAAGAGGGCCAAGAAACACACCGUCUCCCAUGCACACUUGGCCCCGCCAAUCUCAGGUACUCAGCCACCGAAAGCGAGGUGCCCCUCGGCCAUGCCAGACCCGGCGCCAGGACUGCCGCGAGCCAUGCAGCCAGAAGAUUUGAGACUGAAAGACAACAAGGUACUUGGCUGCGCCUUACCUGCGCCCCCGCGGCGGCCGGCUGAGCGGAGCUGUACGGCGCGGGCCUGCAGCCCCGAGCCCGGCGGGAGGAUGGCGGCCCCUGCCCUCCACUGGCAGCAUCUAGAUGGCCCGGUGCCCAGGGCUGUGCUGGCCCAAGCCACAUCUGCCAGGCCCUCGGAGCCAAACACAUUAAGGGCACACCCAUUGGCGGCUACGCCCUGCGGCGGGAAGGCGGUGGAGGGCUCUUUAAUUCAGCUGCCCAGAGUGCCAGGGCGCCCAUCCCCAGUGUGGGCCAGCCAGUGUGGACAACUGCUGGACUCAGGGCCCAGGGCCCCCAGCAGUGAUCCCAGUGGCCAGGGAACAGACUUGGGCUCGUCACUCUUGGGGUCCCCGCUGGCAGACCGGGCAGUCGCCUCUGCCUUGCUGCCUCCCAGGGGCUAG